AUGAUACAUCAGCAGCCUAACCCAGGCAUACAUUAUGAGUAUAUCAUUCCAGGAGACAAUGUCAUUAGUCCUCAGUUGCUUGCUCACAGGAGGCCAGGGGAGCCCUUGAAUGGUCAGUUAGGAAUGCCAGAAAGUACAAAUCAUGAGGAUGAGGAUUUGCAUAGGGGGACAGACACUCUCACCGGACAGGCAGCUGGAACUUUUCCAGUUAUCCAGCCAGGAAGAUUUCCUUCUCAUCAGCCAGAAAACCAGGUGCCUGCUGUUCAACCACCAAGACAAAACCGAGAACACAACUGGAAACAGGUUGGAAAAACUGAGUGCACUACUACAUGUGGGAAAGGGUCACAGUACCCAGUUUUCCACUGUGUCAACAGAAUCACUCACGAGGAGGUAUCUGAGAGUUACUGUGACAGCAGCACCAAGCCCAUUCCAGAAGAGGAGGCCUGCAACCUCUUCCCAUGUCCAGCUUUCUGGGAUAUAGGGGAGUGGUCUGAGUGCAGCAAAACGUGCGGCCUUGGUAUGCAGCACCGACAGAUCUUAUGCCGGCAGAUGUAUGCCAAUCGUACCCUGACAGUUCAGCAGUACCGCUGUCAUCACCUGGAGAAACCAGAGACAACCAGCACUUGCCAGCUGAAGAUCUGCAGCGAAUGGCAGAUCAGGACAGAGUGGACUUCAUGUUCAGUGCCUUGUGGAGUGGGGCAGAGGACCCGAGAUGUGAAAUGUGUCAGCAACCUUGGAGACAUUGUUGAUGAUGAGGAAUGUAACAUGAAGCUGCGGCCAAAUGAUAUUGAGAACUGUGACAUGGGUCCCUGUGCCAAGAGCUGGUUCCUUACAGGGUGGAGUGACAGGUGUUCUGCAGAAUGUGGUGAGGGAGUCCGUACGCGUUCCGUGGUUUGCAUGACGAACCAUGUCAGCAGUCUGCCUCUGGAAGGCUGUGGCAAUAACAGACCCUCUGAAACAAUGUCCUGUAACAAUGGACCCUGUGCUGGUAAAGUGGAGUGGUUUGCUGGGGGCUGGACACAGUGCUCUACUGAAUGUGGCAGUGGAACUCAACAGAGAGAAGUCAUUUGUGUUAGGAAAACUGAAGGUAAUUUUGAUGUUUUGAACCCCUAUGAAUGUUCAUAUUUGGAAAAACCUCCCAGCCAGCAAUCCUGCUACCUCAAACCCUGUGGAUCUAAGUGGUUUCAUACAGAAUGGAGCACAUGUUCCAAAUCCUGUGAAGGAGGAUUUCGGGUUCGAGAGGUACGAUGCCUAUCGGAUGACAUGGCAGCCAGUACUCAGUGUGACCCACAGUUAAAACCUGAAGAAAAAGAACCAUGUAACACACAGGAUUGUAUCCCUGAAAUAGAUGAGAACUGCAAAGAUAAAUACUACAAUUGCAAUGUGGUGGUUCAGGCCCGGCUCUGUGUCUACACCUAUUACAAAACAGCCUGUUGUGCAUCCUGUACACGCGUGGCAAACAGACAAUCAGGGUUUCUAGGACGCAGAUAACAAAUACUCUUCUACUGAAAGCAGCAGUGUCAGUCUUUGGAAGGAGCUUGAACAGUGUUACUGUUUUGACUACAACAGGUUUUAGCUUCUUAGAGAUGUUUUUUAUAUUGCUGAGUGCAUCAGGACUAUGGUUAAAUCUCACACCCUUUCAGUUACAGUUAUUGUGCAGUUAUCUUUUUUAAAUGUUUGUUGUAAAACCAUGAUCUUUUUAAAGCAAUAGAUUUUAAUGAUACUAUUCUUUGCACCUGCUCAUCAG